AUGUUCGGCCCUAAAACCCUUUUCCUGGCUGCCGCCGCCCUCCUCCAGACCAUCCAGGUCGUCGCCACCAACUGCCAGGUUAUCCUCACGGACACCUCGAUCUUCGACGGCAGCGGCGUCAUCGAGAACGAAUCGCUCGUCAUCUACAAGAACGGGGCCGCAGUCGGCUAUCACAAGGGCAACCCCUACGGGAAUUGGAUUGAUAUCGAUUCCUCGCUGCCCUGGGUCUUCGUCUUCGCGGCCGAGAGCGACGGCGCCGGCGUAAUGGCUUGCGUGGGCAAGUACGCCGCCCAAACAAACCUCAAGGGCAAGGUCUCAGGUUCCGGAUUGCAGGCAGAUAGCAAAUGUGUGAUUGACUUCAACUGUUAA